GGCGGAGAGAGGGAGGGCGGCGGGGCCGUGGGAGCCGGUGACCCCCCCGUCGGGGCGGGACCGGGGCUCUCCGGGCUCCUCUGUAUGUCCCGCGAGCGGCACAGAACGGAGUCUCCGGCUGUUUUUACCGGUGCUGAGGCAGCGCUGGGAUGCAGGUGCUGCCCUGAGAGGGACACAGAACUUGUAUGUUCCAGGAUCAUGGAUUUCCCAGGACACUUUGAGCAAGUCUUCCAGCAGCUCAAUUACCAGAGGCUCCAUGGCCAGCUCUGUGACUGCGUCAUCGUGGUGGGGAACAGGCACUUCAAGGCGCACCGCUCCGUGCUGGCUGCGUGCAGCACCCACUUCCGCGCGCUGUUCACGGUGGCCGAGGGGGACCAGACCAUGAACAUGAUCCAGCUGGACAGCGAGGUGGUGACGGCCGAGGCCUUCGCCGCGCUCAUCGACAUGAUGUACACCUCCACGCUCAUGCUGGGGGAGAGCAACGUGAUGGACGUGCUGCUGGCCGCGUCCCACCUGCACCUCAACUCGGUGGUGAAGGCCUGCAAGCACUACCUGACCACGCGGACGCUGCCGCUGUCGCCGCCGAGCGAGCGCGCGCAGGAGCAGAGCGCGCGGCUGCAGCGCUCCUUCAUGCUGCAGCAGCUGGGGCUCAGCAUCGUCAGCUCGGCGCUGGGCUCCUCGCAGGGCGCCGAGGAGCCGCCCGGCCCCGUGCGGGGCGGGCUGGAGCAGCGCGCCGCCUUCCCCAUGCGCCGCCUGCACAAGCGCAAGCCGCCCUCCGAGGAGCGCGCCCGGCCGCGCGUCCGGCCCGCCAUGGAGGAGCCCGGCGCCGACGUGGCCGCAGAGGGCGGCCAGCCCGUCCACUCGCGCGAGGAUUUCUUCUCUCCGGACUCGCUGAAGAUUGUGGACAACUCCAAGGCUGACGCCGUUGCCGAUAACCAGGAGGACAACACGAUCAUGUUUGACCAGUCUUUCGGUGCUCAGGAGGAUGCUCAAGUGCCCAGCCAGUCAGACAACGGCGGGGCAAAUAUUUCCCAGAUGUCCAUGGCAUCCCAGGCCACACAAGUGGAGACCAGCUUUGACCAGGAGGCUGCUGCUGAAAAGAGCAACUUCCCGUGUGAGAAUCAGGAGGUCAGCCUGAACGAGAAGGAGCACAUGAGGGUGGUGGUGAAGUCUGAGCCCCUGAGCUCCCCAGAGCCCCAGGAUGAGGUGAGCGAUGUCACCUCCCAGGCAGAGGGCAGUGAGUCUGUGGAGGUGGAAGGAGGAGUGGUGAGUGCAGAGAAGAUCGAGCUGAGUCCUGAGAGCAGCGACCGCAGCUUCUCUGACCCGCAGUCCAGCACCGACAGGGUGGGAGACAUCCACAUCAUGGAGGUGUCCAACAACCUGGAACACAAGUCGUCUUUCAGCAUUUCAAAUUUUCUCAAUAAAAGCAGAGGCAGUGGCUUUGGAGCCAGUCAAAACAGCGACGACAACAUUCCCAACACCACCAGUGACUGCAGGAUGGACAGCGACACCUCUUACCUGAUGAGCCCGGAGUCGGGGCCUGCUGGUGGCCACUCGUCCGCCACUGUCUCCCACGUGGAGAACCCGUUCAGCGAGCCCGCAGACUCCCACUUCGUGAGGCCCAUGCAGGAUGUGAUGGGUCUGCCCUGCGUGCAGAGCUCGGGGUACCGGGCAGCGGAGCAGUUUGGCAUGGACUUCCCACGCUCAGGCCUGGGCUUGCACUCGCUGUCCCGGGCCAUGAUGGGCUCGGUGAGAGGCGGAGCCGGUGGCUUUCCCGGCUACCGCCGCAUCGCCCCCAAAAUGCCCGUGGUGACCUCUGUGCGGGGCUCGCAGCUGCAGGAGAGCUCGUCCGGGUCCCAGCUGCUGAUGAACGGGAGCACAUCCUUCGAGAGCGGGCACCUGUCGCAGCCCGGCCCCCCGCAGCUCACCAGGGCGUCCGCAGACGUGCUGUCCAAGUGCAAGAAGGCCCUGUCGGAGCACAACGUGCUGGUGGUGGAGGGGGCACGCAAGUACGCCUGCAAGAUCUGCUGCAAGACCUUCCUGACGCUCACGGACUGCAAGAAGCACAUCCGCGUGCACACGGGGGAGAAGCCCUACGCCUGCCUCAAGUGCGGGAAGCGCUUCAGCCAGUCCAGCCACCUCUACAAACACUCCAAGACCACCUGCCUCAGGUGGCAGAGCAGCAACCUGCCCAGCAGUUUGCUCUAGGGCGCUGGCCGGGGCCGCGGCGGCGGGGCGGGCGCACACUGCACGCGGUGGUGCCACACACACAGAGCUUGGCUCUGCCUUUGGGGAUAUCCGGUACUACCUCGCGGG